AUGUCAAGUCUUUUGACACAAAUCGUUCGUCGACAGGCAUUGAUGAUAGUGCCUCGUCGUUGUGAAGGUACACUUUUACAAGCUGGUCCACCAAUAACUAAAGUGACGAACACAGAAAAAAUAGUUGCAUUAGGUAUGUUCUUUAUUGUACCAAUGCUCUAUCCAAUUUAUAUUAUGGCAAAUUUACAAAAAUAUAAUGGUUCAAAUCGUACAUUAGGAAAGAAGAAGAAACCAAAAACUGAUAAGAAACAAACUGGCAAAUAA